AUGGAGGAUGCUAUGAAGAGGGUAAACGGUUUCACAGACAAUUCGUCUGACCUCAUCCCUCCCCUUCCCAAGAGAUGCGCCGCCACCGCCGCCGGGAGCAGCCCUGCCAGCAGAAGGGCGGCGUCCGCCGGCGUAAUUAUGAAGUACCGAGGCGUGCGCCGCCGCCCGUGGGGCCGUUAUGCGGCGGAGAUCAGAGACCCUCAGUCGAAAGAACGGCGGUGGCUUGGGACGUAUGACACGGCGGAGGAAGCUGCGUGCGCUUACGACGCCGCCGCUAGGAACAUGCGUGGCGUUAAAGCCAGAACCAACUUUAUCUUUCCGCCUUUUCCCGCAGCUUUUCACGGCGUCGUCGACAAUUCCAACUUUCCGACCAUAGUUUCGUCGCUCAUUGCUAACCAAACCGCCAAUCCAAUAAUGUCUCUGGGCGAUCAUCAAUUACCCUUAAUGUUAAACGACAAUGGCGGCACUCCUUGUUCUUCUUUCUUGACUGAAAUCACUGCUCAAAAACCUCGCAGUUUAUCUUCUCAAAGUUGUGUAGAUAAUGCUUGUCCAAACAGGAGCUCCGGCAUGGAGUUCUUUGAGUCUCAGCCGCCGAAUUCUGGGCUACUUGGAGACGUGUUAAAUGGGUUUUUUCCUAAGCCCGAAGCCCCGAAAUCAGAGCCGUCCACACCCAUGUGUGUGGAUGCAAAGAAAAGUCUUGAUGAUCAGAACGGCCAGUUUGCGGCUGGAGAGAUUGAAAAUUUUAACAGUAGGGGGUUUGAUUCGCCUCCGUCGCUACAUUUCAACGCCGAGUUUCCGGCUCCGGAUGACAUGUUCAAUUAUGCGGAGCAUUUUAAUUGGUAA